CCUUUUAGUGUUUUAAAAAUAUUUACUCAAUAGAUAUAUGAGGGCCCACUCUAUUGAAGGUGUUACAGAUAAUUUGUAAAAAGACAAACCAAUUCCCUCCCUGGAGGUGUUUACAUUCUAGUCAAAGGACAGAUAAUGAAUAAACAAAUACAUAUUAUUUCAUGUAAUAAUAAAUCCUAUGAAAAAAAAAAUUAAGCAGAUACAGGCCUGACUCAGAAGAAAUUCUUCACUCAGGAUCCCGAGGUGAUAUUUGAACACAAACUUUGCUGAUGUGAAGAAACAAGCAGUUGACUUGUGAGGCUGAAGCAAGGAGGAUUGUGAGUUAAAAGCCAGCCUUAGCAACUUAGAAAAGCCCUAAGCAACUCAUUGAGACCCUGUCUCUAAAUAAAAUAGAAAAAAGGGCUGGGGAUGUUGACUCAGUGGUUGAGUGCCCCUGGGUUCAAUCCCUGGUACAAAAAAAGAAAAGAAACAAGCAGUACCAAGAUCUGGGGAAAGAAAGAUGAUUCCCAGGAGGUAAUGACAGAUAUUAAGGGUCUUGGGGCAGAAUGGAGACAUUGAGGAAGAAUAAGACAACCAUUGGGACUAGAUAGAAAUAAGCAAGGAGAAGAAGAAUGGUAGCAUGUGGGAUUUGAGAAGUAGGUAGGGGCCAGAUCUCAAAGGACUCUUUAGAUCAAACUAAUAAGCAGAUUUUAUUGUAAAUAUGACUAAGUCAUUAGAGUUUUAUACAGAAGAUUAAAUAAAUCUAAUUUUAUAUUAAAGAUCAUUGACUAAUGUUGAGAAUAAGGGAAUAAAAAGCAGGUAGAAUAGUUGGAAAGCUACUGCAGACAGGAAGUAGCUCAGACUAAGGAGGCAGCAGAUCAGUUAUUAAAAAGUAGUCAGAUUUGGGAUAUAUUUUGCAAGUAUAACUCACCAGACACUGAUGUAUUGAAAGACAUGGAUGUGUUGAAUGUAGCAUUGCAGGAGGUAAUUAAAGUGACUCCUAGUUUUGGGCUAUAAAUAUCUAGGUGAAUGAUUGUGUUAAUUAUGGAAAAUACCCAAUUUUAUGAAUUUAUACAGUAAUAUCUUUUAGUAACCAAAACCUAAUAGCAUGCAAUAGUUGCUACUAACUUCAAGUCAGGAGACAUAAUGGCAAUUUCUAAGUAGACAUGAGCUUGGAAAUGCUACUAACUUUAGUGUAUCUUUCCUGCAGUGAUAUUUAUUAUGGACUGCUAAUGAUGAUUUUCUAUUUCCCUCAUUCCUUCUAUAUUUAUUUAUUAGAAUUAUUCUGUAAGAAAAAUUUGUCUCUACUACUUUAUUUAUUCAUUAGUUUACAUUAUAGACCCAUCAGUGUUUUAUUCUUUGGGUUAUAAUCCUUUGUUGUCAUUAAUUUGUUGCUCAUACUGUCCUCUAUCUUUGACCAUUGGAAAUUUUUCCACGUUAGUUCCUAUGUCCUUUUGACCUGCUCCUUUUUUUUUUUUUUUUUUUUUAGGCAGGGGGAGAUAUUGUCUAUGGGACUAUAUCUUUGUAAAUUAGCUGUGUACAACUAUAUAUUGAAAAGAGUUAGAAAAAUCCUUAGAGACCAUGUAAUUCAGUUUCGUGCCUUAGCUUGAAUCUUCAUUAAUUACCAGUCCUCUGUUCAGUUCUGUUUUAACAGUAAUAGAGGAGGAAAUAACUAGGGGGAAAAAAAAACCAUAGAGUUGAUAAAAACAUUGGUGGUUGCUAGUGACUAGAUAUGGGGGAUAGUGCAGAAGGGAGGAAGCUGAUCAAAACACAACAUGGAGGACCCAAAGGUGAUGGAACUUUUUAAAUAUCUUAACUGGCAGUGGAUAUGUAAAAUACACAUGCUAAAAUUUCAUUGAGCGAAAUGCACACAUGUGUAGGCACACACAAGUAUAAGUAAAACCGGAAGUUUGAAUCAAAUCUGAAUUAUUUCACUGUCAAUAUUCUGGUUAUGUUAUUGUGCUAUAGUUAUGCAAGAUAUUACCAUUUGGGGAAACUGGGGUAAAAGAUCACUCUGUACUGUUUCUUGCAAGAGCAUGUGAAUCCAUAAUUAUCUCAAUUUUUUAUUAAAAAUAAUUAGCUUGGUAAUGGAAUUUAGAACUUGUUUUACAUUGAUCUGAAGUCUAAUCCAUAUUCCACAUAACUCUUCAUCUAUUUAAAGAUAACAUUGAAACAGCAGCAUUGAAUAAACAUUACCAUAGUCCUCACUACCUCACCAUUUUCCAAACAAUAUUGUUUCAAAUUUCUCCCACUUUCCUAAUAAUUGUGCUCUAAAUUCAGUAGGCAAAGAGAUGUGACAUGAUUGUACUACCACUUCUUUUGUUCUCAAUGCUUUUUUUUCCUUCAGUGCAACCUAAUAUCACUUGCUAUUUUGAUAGCCAAAUAUCAUUGAUUCACUUUAAUAGUCACUAAAAUCUCACAUCUUCAGCAUGUAGUGCUAUUAAUGAAGGUUUUACCUUCAAAUGCUUAUUAAGUGGAUUUAGUAAACCAGGAAAUAUAACCAAAAAAAAAAAAAAAUGAACCUGGUAUUCAUGAAGACAACAACCCAGUCAGUCAGUAUAAAAGUCUAACAGUAUAGAAAAGACUAGUUCACAAAACAGUAACAUGGACAGUACCUGGUGUGGGUAAUAUUAGAGAGGCCUAGGGAAGGGGGAAAUAAGAAUAGCCUGGUGUCAAAAAGAAAAAUUGUGACACUUUGCAGGUUUUUAUUUCAGUUCUAAUUAAAAAUGAUUAAGCAAGUAGUUUGUGUGUGUGUUUAAAAUUUCUCAUUUAGCUAAAAAAUGAAUUCAUAAACAUCAAAUUCAGAAUAUCUUGGGUGUAUGUGCACAUACUGCUUCAACUGCUUUAGGUGACAUUUUAUCUACCUUAACUGGGUAUUGGGCUCACAGAACUUGUUUAUCUUAUUCUCAGAACUUUUCCAUAAUCCAAAAUAUAGUUAGAAAAAGGUUUAAUAAAAAUAUAAGUAAAACAGGAAGUUUGAAUCAAACUCCAUAUCAUGAUUUGUUAUUCAAACCCUUGAUAAAUCAUGAUAAUGGAAAUGAUUCACCUAUAGCUCUUAAGUUCUGUAUAAUUUCAUACUUAGUAGAUAACACCAAGUUUAUCAUUGUGUCCUUUCACUCUACAUAAGUACAUGUUUACAAAGAUAAUCUCAAAUAUAAGAAGUACAGUAAAGGAACAAACCAAAUUCAUUAACACUGUAGAAUGGGCUUUUUAAAUUUAUUUUUUUAGUUCAUGAUAGAACUUUUUAUUUUAUGCAUUUACUUGUAUACAGUGCUGAGAAUCAAAUCCAGUGUCUCACACAUGUGAGGCAAGCACUCUACCACUGAGCCACAACCCCAGCCCAGAAUGAGCUCUUUUUAAAAUACAAAAUAUGAAAGGAUUUUUUUCUGACUUCCCCAUUAUACAAUUAUAAAUUAUUUUUAUUUAUGAUAUUAUUUGGAAAAAUUUCUAGAUUUUUCAACUGUUGUAUAUUUAGGUUGAUCAUAUUAUCAAGAUAAAUAUGCAUUAUUUUUUCAUUUUUAUCAUUUUUUAAAUGUGAACUCAAAAGUUAACUGAUCUAUUGCCUGUUGCGUGAUAAAAUACAGUGAUCGUUUGAAACAUUUGUUCUAUGAAUUCUACUCAAACCAUAUGCUUCUCUAAUAGCAUUAUCAUGACAUUUAACAAUCAGAGUGUAUAGGGAAACAACAAAGAGAUUCACCCUCUGUCUUCCCUACUGAAACCACACUUAGACCCUGUACACUAAGAUCAUCUGAGUAUGGAGACUCCUCAAAAAUCAAAAUUACCAUAUGAUCCAGCAAUUUUGAGUAUAUACAAAAACGUGAAAGCAAAAACUUGGAACAGAUAUUUGUACACCCAUGUUCACAGUGGCAUUUUUCACAAUAGCCAAAAGGUGGAAGCAACUCAAGUGCCCCACCAACAGAUGGUUAAAAUGUGGAAUAUAUGCAUAAUAGAAUUUAGCCUUAAAAAAGAAGGAAAUUUUUAUACAAAUUAGAAAUGAAUAAACCUUGAAGACAUUAAGAUAUGUGAAAUAAGCCAGACAUGAGGACAAAUGUCGUAUGAUCCCACUUACAUGAAGGAGUUAGAGUAAUCAAAUCCUAAAGACAGUAGAAUGGAAGUUGCCAGGGGUUAUGGAAGGAGGGGAAAGGGCAGUUUUUGAAUGGGUAUAUAAUUACAGUUUCAGAGAUGAAAGAUUGGAGGAUUGCAGAAAAAUGUGACUGCAUCUAAUGCCACUUAACUAUACACUUAAAAUUAUAAAUACGUACAUCAUAUAAAAAAGACAAUCUGAAAGUUAGAUUGUAAAAUAAGCAUAAUGGCUUAGCAAACAUAAAAAGCAAAAUAUAUUCCAGAAAGCAGACCUGACAGUAUCACCACUAAUAAAAAGAAAAAUUUUAAAGUAUCACCACUAAUAGUAAAGAAAAUUAGGAGAAAGGCAAACAGUAGCAUAUUUUCAGCAUAAUCCAAUGAACAAAGGAUGUAAGACAAACGACAUAAUGGUUUACACACGUAAUCCCAGCUACUCCGGAGACUGAAGCAGAAAGAUUGAAGUCAGCCUGAACAAUUUACCAUAAAAUAAGAACAGGCUGAGGAUGUUAUUCAGUGAUAGAGCACUUGCCUAGCAUGUGCAAGGUCCUGGGUUUGAUCCCCAGUACCACAAAAAAUAAGACAGUUAUGUGACUCAGUGGGAAGGAUUUGACUAAGGCGUAGAAAUAUUAGUCACUAAAAGCACCAAACUCAUUUCCAUUCUGUAUUUACCAAGAAAUCCUCUGAUUAUGAUUUGGAUUUAGCUUUAAUUGUAAUUUGGUCAACACAAAGAUGAUGAUCAGCAACCGCAACUAUUCUAGCUCCCCUUCGCUGCAUUUCUCACAACUUAAUACAUUAGCAUCAAUGCUUUUUACCCAACAAUUUCUUAGCAAUCUUUGAUGUGUAAUUCAGUACCCCAGAGUCCAGUCACUUCCAGACCUGAUAAGGCAAUUUCAAGCCUAUUUAAAGAAUCAAGAUAUUGAAACCAAGUAAUCACCAUGCUCCUGCCAGGCCACUGGAUACAUCUGGCAGUUUACUAGGCCUUCUCCAAGCCGCGCCUCUCAGUGUACACUUUCCAUUUCUACAUCCAUAAUUCUGUAUUGCCUAUUAUCUGUCUUUUGCCACUAGACUGAAAUCCUUAAGGAGGGGAAUGGCUUUUAUCUCUUUAGUUCUAACAACUAAUAAAGUUCUUAGCACAAAGAAAAAAAAAAUACGUGAUGAAAGAUCCAGCCAGAUGCAAUGAGAGGCUGAACCCAGGAAUUUAGUACAUAUCAAUCCUGGGCAACAUAUCAAUCCUGUCUCAAAAAAAAAAAAAAGUCCAACUUAGGAAGACAUAAUUAGGAAAUAAGUAUUAUAAAAUACAAUUAUUAUGAUGAUUGUUGUGUUAUUAUUAUUAUUAUUAUUAUUAUUAGCUGGGGUUGUAGCUCAGUGGUAGAACACUUGCCUAGGGAUUUAAGGCCUAGGGUUCAAUCUCCAAAGUCACCAAAAAAAAAAAAAUCAGAUAUAAUUUUUCUCUAAGGAUUACAAGUGGUAAAUUGGACAAAGUGGGAGUAUUUAGAUUCAGUUGUAACUCUGAAGUUACAAAGGUGGCAUUCUAACGAUAUGAUAUCUGCAUGAAAUUCCAGACAACAUACAUACUUGCCUUUCCCUCAAUAGCCCUCUCCUGGACUGGGAAUAUAGCUCAGUUGGUAGAGUGCUUGCCUCAAAUACAUGAGGCCCUGGGUUCAAUCCCAAGCACCACAAAAAAAAAAAAAAAAAAAAAAAAAAAAAAGAAAACCUCUCCAGUAUAGUAGAAAAAAAUGAGGAUGUAUUCCCUCACUUCCUAAAUUUGUGCUCUAGAGUUCUGCUAUUCCACAUAGUGCAGCAUAGAGAUUUGAUACUGUCAGGAGUGUUUAGACCAGGAAUCAGCUAAAUGAUAUGUUAACAUACACAAAGGGAUAACUCUUGACAGCACAGGAGAGCUCUGGGAGACACCUACUGAAUGUAAUUUCAAUUGUAAGAAAAAUAAUACCAGCUAUGAAAGGUUUCAUGUUCAGACUAGAUUCCACUAUAUAACAGAAAUAACUUCUAUCAUAUAAUCAAACAGGAUGACUAAUUUUUCUUAAUCUUUAGGUCUUAAUUCUUCUUUUAUCCUUUUAUUUGGGAGUGUAUGUUAACAAUGCACCCUAAAGAAAAUAUGAGUUUUUCUGGCAAUUAAGAAAAUUGGAUCCAGAGCCAUAUGGGCUGACUUCUAAUCCUAACUUGCAGUUACUAGCUGUGUGGUUUACAAAUCAUCUAAACCCUGUGGCCCAGUUGCACCUAAUUGCACCUAAAAUGAAGAUAGUAACUACCUUUGGGGGUUGCUGUAAAGAUUAAAUAAAUUAAUUUACCACAGUGCUGGGUACAUAAUAAAUGACACUUUACUGAUAUAUUUUCACAUAAAUGAAAGUUUGGAAAAACGUUAAUUUCGAACCAAAAACAAUCUCAACAGUAUUGUGGUAAUUAUGCAUUUACUUAUUUGUAUCUACCCCUAGAGUGUUCUCUGUGACUUCUCCACAUACUUCACCAAUCCUUUAUACUCAGCACUCAACACCAUGUAAGACACAAAUACACACACAUACACUGCACUGCACUAUAAGGCCCUUAUUUACUGAAACCUUAAAGCCUUGCGAGGGGAGAGAAAAAAUUCUUGGAAUGUAUUUAUUCAAACAAAUGGCAACAAGUUCACGAACUAAGAAAAAAGGAUAUGAAUACAUUCCAUACUGGAGAUUGCUUACACAGUAAGCAGGGACUACAUAAUGCAAUAUGAAAAGUAUUAUUUUAAAAUUUUACAACGGCCAUUUACUUUAAGAUUACAAAAAUAAACCAAGAUCUUUUUACUCUUAGUGAAGAAUUGGGAGUAAGGGUUUAGACUGUCCGACCAGAAGCACGUCCGUUCUCUGGGAACUCGUGGCAAAUUCUUGUGGGCAUUUCUAGUUUACACCCUUUCUGUGAUAAGUACGGUAUUAAGUAUUUCUGGCCACCACAUUCUGGCUUGGUAGUAGUUCCCCUAAAAAUGGAAUGGCAAAUAAUCUUCUUCAUCCUUUUCUCACAGUGGCAACCAAAUUCCAGUCAAAAGCGCACACAAACUUGUUUAGGAAUGUAGCGCAAUGUUAAACGAAUGCAAGUCUGCAUUCGGCUUCCUCUGGCUCAGUCACUAGCUAUGUGACCUUACAGAAGUCUGGUUACCUACAAAUCUGGAAGAAAUGCACCAGUGCACAAACGGAGACCGGGGCAAAAUCGGACAUUCAACUUAUCUUGCUAAGAGCGCCAGAUUCCAUAUGAAAAAAUUUUUUUUCAUAUUGUGCUUUAUAUGUGUAAUAUGAGUUGUAAUGCAUUCUGCUGUCAUAUAUAACAAAUAAGAAUAAAAAUUUUAAAAGAAAGAGAGAGCAGUAACGCGGCUUUCUAGGGCUACAGCAACCAGGGCAGGACGAGGGACGCCAACACGGUGCUGAUGACAUCACUUCCGGGGCGCCAGUCUCCGGUUUGAUUGUGCCAGAGAGAGGCAGUCAGCCGGUUUUGCUAGGGAAAGGAGACGAGUGCUAGGAAUUAUCUAUAUACUAGUAAUAAUGCUAAUAUUGAAUAAGACAGCACGAGUUUUUUUUAAACCAUCCAAAAGGAAAGUUGAUGGAUUUUUAAGAAGUUUUAAUUUUCAUCCUGGAAUACUAUUUCUUCAUAAAAUAGUAUUGGGUAUUGAAACAAGCUGUGAUGAUACAGCAGCUGCGGUGGUAGAUGAAACUGGAAAUGUGUUGGGAGAAGCAAUACAUUCCCAAACUGAAGUUCAUUUAAAAACAGGUGGGAUUAUUCCUCCAGUAGCUCAACAACUUCAUAGAGAAAACAUUCAACGAAUAGUACAAGAAGCUCUUUGUGCCAGCGGAAUAUCUCCAAGUGAACUCUCAGCGAUUGCAACUACCAUAAAGCCAGGACUUGCUUUAAGCUUAGGAGUAGGCUUAUCAUUUAGUUUACAGCUGGUAGACCAGCUGAAAAAGCCAUUCAUCCCCAUUCAUCAUAUGGAGGCUCACGCACUUACUAUUAGGUUGAUCAAUAAAGUAGAGUUUCCAUUUUUAGUUCUUUUGAUUUCUGGAGGUCACUGUCUCUUGGCAUUAGUUCGAGGAGUUUCAGAUUUUCUGCUUCUUGGAAAGUCUUUGGACAUUGCACCAGGUGACAUGCUUGACAAGGUAGCAAGAAGACUCUCUUUAAUCAAACAUCCAGAAUGCUCCACCAUGAGUGGUGGGAAGGCUAUAGAACAUUUGGCCAAACAAGGAAACAGAUUUCAUUUUGAUAUCAAUCCACCCAUGCAGCGUGCUAAAAAUUGUGAUUUUUCUUUUUCUGGGCUUCAACAUGUUAUCGAUAAAAUAAUAAUGCAAAAGGAGAAAGAGGAAGGAAUUGAGAAGGGGCAAAUCCUGUCUUCGGCUGCAGACAUUGCUGCUGCAGUACAGCAUACAACUGCGUGCCACAUUGCAAAAAGAACACAUCGUGCUAUUCUGUUUUGCAAGCAGAGAGACUUGCUAUCUCAAAGUAAUGCAGUACUAGUUGUAUCUGGAGGUGUUGCAAGUAACUUGUAUAUACGGAGAGCUCUGGAAAUUGUAACAAAUGCAACACAAUGCACUUUGUUGUGUCCUCCCCCAAGACUAUGCACUGAUAAUGGCAUUAUGAUUGCAUGGAAUGGUAUUGAAAGAUUACGUGCUGGCUUGGGCAUUUUAGACAACAUAGAAGGCAUCCGCUACGAACCAAAAUGUCCUCUUGGAGUAGAUAUAUCAAAAGAAGUUGCAGAAGCUGCCAUCAAAGUACCACGACUUAAAAUGAAGAUUUGAUGUUUGCUUUUCAAAAAAGUCUCUACAGGUAUUUUGUAUUCUGUCACUAAUUUACACACUUCAAACAACUGAGUCAUUUAAUCUGCAUGAAGUAAUGGGAAGAAGAGACACUGCAACUGGAUUUUGAAGAAAACAGAUCCAAGAAAGGGUUGUAUUUUUCCUAUUCCACAAAGUUGUUAUUUAGGUUAACUGGGGGAAUGACUGAAAAUACUACUUACACUGUUUAUCCUAAAUUAAAUUAAAUUUUUGAAUCAA